GGUGAAACCACGUCGUUUAGGAUUCUUCUCUCUGUUUUCAUAGCUUCAAACUCCGACUCAUUCUCAGGGCCUCACUACAUUUUCCGGGUUUUUCUCGGAAUCUCUUCUAGCCAUUUUCUCUUUUUCCGAAUAUACUAGGUAGUGCCAAUGGAUUCUCAAUCAAAGCUUGAAGAAAGAGUUAGAGAUAGGAUAAGUGAAUUGCCAGAUCUUGUUCUUAUUCAUAUAGUUUCGUUUCUUGAAACGAAAUAUGCUGUGAGGACCAGCAUUUUGUCCACACGAUGGAAGGGUAUAUGGGCCUUUAGUCCCAAUCUGGACUUCCGCGAUAGAUUUACGAAGAACAAAGCUGGUUUUGUGGAUUUUGUUGAUAGGGUACUUAUCUUCCGUGACACGGAUAUUCAAAAGUUUCGUCUCGAAUGUUCCAAUGUUGGGGAUUUCUCUCAUAUUUAUAGCUGGAUUCGUACUGCAGUUAGGCAAAACGUUGUUGAAGUUGAUCUUAAUUUUGGAUCCAACAGAGACCAGGUUUAUGAGUUGCCAGACAGCCUUUUUAUGUGUAAAUCACUGGAGGUGUUGAAGGUGGUAUCGGGAUGUAUUACUUUUGAUCCUCCAUCACAGAGGUUUCCCAGUCUCAAGGUCCUCGAUGCUUGUCUUUAUCAUCCUAACAAUGACUCAAUGGAGAAGCUUUUCUCUUGCUGCCCUGCACUAGAAUAUUUGUCUAUAAGGGCAACUAUUGGAGAUGAGGUUUUGAAUUUCAAAGUGUCUGCACCUGAACUGAAGACAUUUAAGGUAGAUUUGUUCAAUGCGUAUAAAGAUGAAAAUGAAUAUCACAGCGAAGAUGAAGAUGAAGCUCCUGAAUGCAUUGAUGUCUACAACUUCUUCAUUAAUGCCCCAAAGCUUGAAACCAUUGAUAUCCAUACCGAUAUCUUGUCAAAUUUUUUCUUUGAAAAUGCAGCAUCACUAAUGAAAGCCAAUAUUAAUCUCACUGUCCAUGAUUCAAGUGAACGGCGUACCUUUGCUAAUUGUGCAACUGCACUUCUGGCAGCAGUUUCCAAUGUCAAGGAUUUGUCUCUUUCAGCUCAUUGUUUCAAGGCUUGUUAUCUCCCCGCUUUUGGUAACUUAAGCAAAUUGAAGCUGGUUUUUCAAGAUUGCCAUCACCUGGAAUUGCUGUUACCAGAGUUUCUCAUCAGAUCACCUAAACUGGAAUCUCUCAUCAUAGAUCAUUUUGAGUACGCUUGUGGAGAACAUACCAACAACUGUCGCUGGAGUCAACCAAAGAAGGUGCCUAAUUGUUUGCUGUCACAGCUCAAGACUAUCAGCCUGAGGGGAUUAAGAGGAGCUCCUGAUGAAAUGAAAAUGGCAAAGUAUUUGUUAAUGACUGGUAAAGUUCUGGAAACAGUGACCGUUUCAACUACAAGUGACAGGGAUCUUCUUUCUGUGUAUGCAACAGAGAAGGAAUUACAGAAGACAUUAUGUACCUUUCAAAAGGGUUCAAAGACCUGUGUAGUUAAAUUCGUGAAGGACAAAGUUCGUAGGUCCCUAGACUAUUAAGCUUUUCUUUAAGUCUAUUUUUUUUCGUUUUAGAACGAUAUUGACAUCGAAGUAGUAAAAGCGCCAUUAUUCUGAAUCUCUUUGCAGUAA